GCCAUUGUUUUAUCAUAGCUUAAAUUGGUGUUAUUUUAGCAGAGCUCUCAUUCAAUGUCAGCCUCUCCUCAAACAUUUUAAUGUGCACCAGUUCCAAACUCUGCUACUUCUUAGAGUGGUGUUAAUAAUGUGGUUAUUAAUGUGUUAUUAAUGUGGUUAUUAAUGGGUCAUUAAUGUGGUUAUUAAUGAGGUCAUUAAUGAGGUCAUUAAUGUGGUUAUUAAUGUGUUAUUAAUGAGUUUCUGACACAACCAAGCGUCUGUCUUGCGAGUCAAGUGUCAGGCAUGGCGCACCCUUGCCUGCAUGUACGCAAGUCCCCGUCAAGGCCUGGGCCGCUGCCGCUGAUGGGGCCUGGCAUACCAAAUGAAACAUUCCUGCAUAAAUCAAACAAUUUUUGUGAUACUGUAACAGUGAAGAGAAAAAAGGCAUUUAAUAGUUUAAAUGGCAUGAAUAAACCCAAAAGAUAUUACAGACGAGAUGAACCCAAAGACAGAAGUUUAGGCGUGCCCAGAACUUUUGGUUUAUUUGGUGAUAAUGAAAGCCGUGAAGGCCUAUUGAUGAAGCAGGAGAGGAGGAGAAGUCUUAGUAGUGUUCAUACAUCAUCAAGUUGUCAUCAUGAAUCAUCAUUGAAUGUUAUUUAUUAUAACAAAGCCGGUGUGAGCAUGGCUUGCUUGCUGCUGUUUGUGCUGCUGUUGGCUGCUGCUGCUGCUGCUCAAGGCGUGUACCUAAGGCAACAGCCGCAGGCGCUGACGGUGCGCAAGGGCGCCCCCGCCUGGCUGCACUGCCGGGCCUCCCUCUCCCCGGGGCCUGGCCCCACCCGGGGGCCUGGCCCCCAUGGGGACGACGAGGACUUCUUUGACCCCCUCCUGGAGGAUGAAGACCCUGAGUACCCCCUUCAGGAGGGGGAUGACCCCCAUCACCCCCUGCAGGAGGGGGAUGACGAGGCAGGCAUCACCUACCAGUGGCUCAAGGACGGCCAGCUGCUGCCCCCAGAUGCCAGGAGACGGGUGCUGGGCAACGGGACGCUGAUCCUGGAAGCUGUCAGCAGCUCGAGACAGGAGCUGACAGACGAGGGCUCCUACCAGUGCCAGGCGACGUCAGCCGCUGGCACCGUCCUGUCAGUGCCAGCACGUCUCUCCAUAGCUAGGAUCCUCACUGAUGGACUGAGCAAGUUCACCCGCGGCCCUGAGGACAUGCAGGCCUACGAGGGGGAGAAGGCCUACUUCGCGUGCUCCCUUGGGGGGUCGGACCUCCCCCACGCUGGGGGCGACGAGGGUCUGACGGUGUCGUGGCACCGCGACGACGCGCCGCUGCUGCUCGACUCCAGGAUGACAGUGCUGCCCUCGGGUUCACUGGAGAUCAGCAACCUGCAGCUGGCUGACGCUGCCACCUACCACUGCCAUGUCAGCCACAUGGGCAAGACGAAGGUGUCGGACGUGGCCCGCCUGACGGUGACCCCCGGGGGGGCCCGGCGCCCCCCGUCGCGCCCUUCGUUCAUCGCGCGCCCCGCGUCGCAGGUGGUGGCCGCCGGGGCCUCCGUCAGCCUCGACUGCGCGGCCAACGGCCACCCACCGCCUGCUGUGCAGUGGCUUAAAGACGGCGCCACACUGGACCUGCAGGACCUGGACUCGCGAGCUGUGCUGGUGGGGCCCACGUGGGGCCUGCAGCUGCGCGAGGCCCGUGAGAGUGACGCUGGGGCCUACAUGUGCCGGGCCUCAAAUGGCCUCGACAGCGAGGACGCCGUGGCCCAUCUCAGCGUCAGGGUACCCCCGCACGUGGUGACGGGGCCCCCGGCGGUGGUGGUGGCCCGUGAGCGGGAGGACGCGCUGGUCCGCUGUACCAUCACCGGCGUACCCCGGCCCCUGGUGGCCUGGUACAAGAACGCCGAGCUCAUCACCCCCAGCGAGUACUUCCAGCAAGUACCAGACGAGGGCCUGAAGAUCCUGGGCGUGGUACAGGGGGACGCUGGUAUGUACCAGUGCUUUGGUACGAGCGUCGCUGGUACCGUGCAGGCCACCACCAGGCUGCUGGUACACCCCGCUGGUACUGCUGAUAACAACAGCGAUAACAACGAUAGCGACGACAACAGCAACAUCAACAGCGUUGCUGCUGCUGAUGUUGACUCCAGUAACAGGAGCGGGAAGGCCUCCAACAACAGCUCGGUGCCCGGGGCCCCUCGUGAGGUGCGGGCCCUCAGCACCAGCAACAGGCACCUCACCCUCACCUGGCGCCCGCCCCUCCUGGGGGCCUCUUAUGUCACCCGCUACAUCGUCACCUACAGGAGUGUACAGUCACCCAGCCUGCUUCUGAAAAAUGGCGGUGUGGAAGUUACGCGAUGGAAUUGCCCGUCCCACCUUGUGGGCCCCGCCUCGCCCCCGCUGGAGGUGAGCACGCGGCCCGACCUGGACCUGCCCACCGCGCCCACCAACCUCACCGUCACGCCCACCUCGCCCACCGCCCUCCUCGUCACGUGGGCGCCGCCCGCGCCGGUGGGGCACGACAGCCCACUCACUGCAUACAAGCUUAUGACAAUGGGGGUCAACAGGCAUGGUGAAGGGGACGCCCCACGGGAGGAGGUGGGCCGCACCUACAGCGCCGCCCCCACCAGCCCACCCAGCAACCCGCGCCUCGAGCCCGCCAGCAGCAGGUCGCUGAUCCUGCGCUGGGAGCCGCCGCCCCUCGAGCACCAGAACGGCGUCAUCACCGGCCCAAGUAGUCCUGACAAGCCAACUUGUUGUCAUACUACCCACACCCACCCAUUCAACACUCCAACACACCCAAACACUGGCACCUCUCCCUUUCCUAAGUGGGUCUCCCGUCCGCCCCACCCCUCAUCUACUUUACAACACAACCUAAUGUCGGCGCUGACCGUGAACGGGUCGGGCCCGUGGACACCGUGGCUGUACGGGCAGACGUACGCCAGCGACCUGGACGAGACGACCGUCCCGGGCACCCCCACGGGGCUAGUGGCAAACGCCAAGAGCUCCUCCGUGAGCGUGCGGUGGGAGGCGCCCAGUUCCCCCGGGGGCGGCGCCCUCGUGCGGGGCUACACCGUCGGCUGGGGGCGCGGCAUCCCCGACGUUUACACCAAGAUAGUGGACGCCACCAAGCGGCGGUACACCAUCGAGCACCUGGAAGACAAGCCCGUGUACGAGCAGGUGCGUGGUGACGGGCAGCCCGUGUACGAGCAGGUACGUGGUGACGGGCAGCCCGUGUACGAGCAGGUGAACACCCGUCCCCCCGACCCCGACCCGCCCCACCGGCUGAGGACCCCCCUCGCCCUGAAGGCGGAGGUGAUGACGGCGUACAGCGUCGCGCUCUCCUGGACAGACACCGCGCUCAAUGACAACCAGUUCGUGGGGGACCGGGGCUACUACACGGUGCGCUACACCAGCUACGCCUCCGCCAGCUCAUCCAGCCCUCGCUACAAGUACAUGAACGUGUCGGACGUGACGUGUCUCAUCGACAACCUCAAGCCCGCCACCAUGUACGAGUUCACCGUCAAGGCCGUCAGGGGUAACCGCGACUCCCGCUGGAGUUUGGUGGCCACCAACACGACGCUGGAGGCCAAGCCGUCCAGUCCGCCGCGUGACGUGACCGUCGUGACCAUCCGCAACCAGCCGUCCACCGUGGUGGUCAACUGGCAGCCUCCCCGCCACGCCAACGGCAGGAUAACUGGCUACCUCAUCCUGUACACGACGGACCCCAGCCUGCCGUGGGGGGUGGAGCAGGUGGAGGGGGACCGGCUCUCCCACACCCUCACCCCCCUCACCCCCCACACCACUUACCACUACAAGUUACAGGCACGCAACGCUAAGGGACACUCACCCUUCACACCCGUCGCUAACUUCACCACGCUCAUGG